AUGGCAAGGCUGAACGCACAAAUGGAAUCCUCAAGCAAAUGCUACGCAAGUAUGUCAAUGGUGCCAUUCAUCGUUGGGAUGAAUUUGUGGAUACUACUGUUUUUUGCCUGUCGCAUUCGCAAGCAUCGUACCACUGGUCUUAGUCCUUUUUACAUGGUAUAUGGUCAAGAUCCUGUUCUCCCUGGUGAUACCUUGCAGCCUAUGGUCCUUUCAAACCCAUCUGAUGAUCCACAAGCACUUACAGACUCUCGUUUACCUGAUUUGCGUAAUUUACGUGAUUCACGCAACAAGGCUAUUGAUCGACUUCAACGCAAUGCACAACUUGACAAACAACGUUGGGAUGCUUUACUCAAACCACAAGAUUUCUCUAUUGGGGACAUCGUUGCUAUGCGACAUGAGAACAAGCUUAGCCUUGAAUACAACUGGAAAGGCCCUUAUCGCGUCAUUGGCAAGAAUCAAGAAUACCAUACCUACAAGCUCGAAGACAUGCAAGGCAAAAUUUAUGCAUCUAUGGUACACACCGAUCGCCUAAGGCCUCUUAACGUCAAGAACCCAAUUCCUGAACCAUGGUAUGAUCCUGCUUCCUCACGUACUCAAGAACGUCAACGUCUCGCUCAAGCUGCAAGUACGCACGAGGACGUGCAAUAA